AUGGAAAGGCGGGGACCAAAUAUUGGCGCAAUUGCUCCAAGGGGGGAUUAUCUUAUUUCACUCCCUAAUGAUUUGGUCAGCCUAAGUCAUUGUAGGUUUAUAAUUGAACUAGAUUAUUUAGUAGAACAAUUAGAACACUGUGUAACAUGUUUAGAAAAGAUACACUUGUCAAACGCAUUAGGGGUGAGACCAAUGGGUGUUUCUGGAAUGAUGUACAUUCAAUGUACGCAGUGUGGCACGAUCAACAAAUUGAAACUUGGAAAGACACAUCGACCCCCUGACAGUAAAAGAACUGGUGUUGGAAUAUUUAAUGUCAACACGAAACUUGCAGCUGGAGAUGCUGAUCUUGAAGAGAAUAUUUUAGAUAAUGGGAUUAGUGUUUCCACUGACACAUGUUGGCAGAAGAAAGGAUCUGGGAGAUCAUACAAUAGUCUGUCUGGUGUUGCAACCCUCAUUGGUAAAAACACCAAAACAAUUCUUCAUCAUGCACAGAGGGUUUCCAGUUGUCGUAUAUGUCAAUCAGCCAAAAAGAAAGGGGAUUUUGCAAGAGUGCAUGCAUGCAAACAAAAUUGGAGUGGCUCCGCCAAAGCUAUGGAAGCGGAUAUGGUAGCUCAAAUGGUGAAGGAUUUGGUUGUGGUUGAGAAAAUAAAUGUGUCAGAAAUUGCAGGAGACGAUGACUCCACAGGUUUUGAAAAAAGAAAAAAGCAGAUGCCACAUUUAGAAAUAGAAAAAACUAGUGACAGAAAUCACAUUAAGAAAAAUGUGAAUAGUAAAUUAUAUGAAUUAAAAAAUUCUAAAAUGCACAAAGAGCUUACACAGAAGGUACUUGACUCAAUCCAGAAAAACUUUUCAUAUAUGAUUGAUCAAAAUCAAGGCUCAGAAGACGGUAUUAAAAAUGGACUUAAAGCAAUUACAGAACACAUGUUUGGGAACCAUACCUUUUGUAAUGUGAGUUGGUGUGGUGGUUUAACAAAAGGGGAUGCAUACAAACACUUAAACCUUCCAUAUGGAAAAGAUUUAACAUCAAAACAACUAAAAGCAGACUUGGAAAAAAUCUUUCAGAACAAACUUCUUACAAAAGCCAAUCAACUUUCAAAACUAUCCAGCUCACAAGCUAAUGAGAGCUUUAACAACACAGUGGCAUCCAAAGCUCCUAAAAGGUUACAUUAUUCUGGCUCUGCCAGUUUAGGAUAUAGAGUUUGCUCUGCAGUGCUACAGAAGAACGAAGGUUAUGAAUAUAUGUCUAAGGUAAAUGAAGCAGCUGGCUUGUCUCCAGGUAAUGAAACACCAGACUCAAGCUAG